GGUUUUUGGGAUACGUUCGGUUUGUCUGCUGUCAGGUCGCUUCUUUCAACCUUCGUGUAGAUGUCUAGAGUUCGUUGCGCAACAGCGACGUGUUGUGAAAACAAUCGAGCGCACCCUGCCUUUCUUCAGCUGACCAAUCACAGACAGCGGUGAUGUAAACAAGGAAAUAACAAGCGUAACCGCAACUAAAUAAAAUACACCGGAGACUUCAGUUUUUACACGAACAAGUUUCAUUUUUACAAAGAAGGAGGUUUGUCUUAUGAGAACGACAGAGCUUGUAAAAAGAAAUAUAAGCCAGGAACAUUUUUUUGUUCUGAAUGGGAAAUGGAGGAACAACACAAAAGGAUUCUACAACGAAACAGGAUCAACCUGGUGAGAGAAUUAGAUCCAUCAAACCUCUUUGAUGCCUUACUUGAAAAAGGCGUUUUUACCCAGGACAUGGUCGAUAAGAUAAAGAGCGCGGGGACCAGACGAGACCAGGCAAGGCAGUUAGUCCGGGAUUUAGAGACCCGCGGGAGUCGAGCCUUUCCUCUGUUUCUGGAGUGCCUUCAGGAGACAGGUCAGCACAGCCUGGCAGAGAUCCUACGGAAUGGAGCCCCAGCGGUUAGGUUUCAGCCUGAGAUACCCACAAAGGUGGCCCGUCCUGUUAUCAAGCCUCUUCCAGUUAUUAAAGUUUCUGUGGAUGAUGCUAAAAUAAGCGAAGAUGUCGCCACCAUCUAUCCAUCACCGAGGCCCACCACUACUCCCAGUCCACCACCAGAGGGGGACAUCUUUAGACCAAGACCAAACGGCAGAACACGACGGGACAGUAUUAAGUGCUAUAAAAUGGAUGCCAGCCCGUGUGGUCAGUGCCUCAUCAUAAACAACGUGGAGUUUGAACCCAACAGUGAGCUGAAAAAUCGCGGAGGGUCCAACGUUGACUGUGACAAGCUGGAGAGAAGAUUCAAGGCACUUAACUUUAUCGUGGAGGUCAAGACAAACCUGAAACAAAAACAAAUCAAACAUGAACUGUCAGUUUUGUCUAAGAAGGACCACUCGCAGUAUGACUGCUGCGUCGUUAUCAUGCUCUCACAUGGGACUGAGGUGAGUCACAAUCGGUUUCCUGGUGCAGUGUAUGGUGUGGACGGGCAGUAUGUUCCUGUUCAGCUCAUUACAAACUACCUCAAUGGCCAGCAUUGCCCAUCUUUACAAAGCAAACCUAAACUGUUCUUCAUCCAGGCAUGUGGAGGAGGGGAAAGAGACAUUGGCUUCGAGGUGUCCCCUGAUGAGGAUCAGCCAUCGAUCUACAGAACAGACGAACAGAUGGACGCCAUCCCGAUGUCAUCCAGCAGCGACUCCCUGAGCACUUCUGAUGAAACUGAUGCUAGAGCCACACUUCCCACCCCGAGUGACAUCCUGGUUUCCUACUCUACAUUCCCUGGUUAUGUUUCCUGGAGAGACACGACAUCGGGCUCGUGGUACGUUGAGAUUCUGGACCGCGUUCUCGAGGAAAAUGCUUCAACUGACGACUUGGUCACAAUGCUAAUGAUGGUGAACCAUGAAGUUUCCCUAAACUCUGCAAAAGGGCUCUACAAGCAGAUGCCCGGUUCCUUUAAUUUCCUCCGUAAACUCCUGUACUUUCAGUCCCCAGCAUAGUAGAGAAAUUCAUUUACCAGAGAAUGCUUCAGUAGUUUAUGACGUGAUAGCCAAUAACUUAGACAAGUGUCUUAAUUUGUUCUGUUCUAUCUUUUUUUAACCAAAAUGAUCAAGUCCAACUGUGUAAGUCUUUUACACGUGUGUCCUCUUGUAUUUUUUAAAAGAUGAAAAACAUCUGAGAUUUUUGGGGUAUGGGUGUCAUUUUUGAGGGGGGUUCUUUCCUAUUACUGAACAUAAGACAGAUCCAAGUUCCACCGUGCGACAGAGGUUGCACAGUUACGAUUAGGCCCCUGCAGGGUGUUUUUUUGCACCGAGUUGAUUUAAAGACUUUCAUGCUCUGUUUUCUGUGCUUUUCUGUGUCAAACAAGUCUCUGAGAAAAAAAUGAAAGACUUCCUAUUGACAUGAAUUGUGUGCCACUGAACAAUUAAAAUAUACAAGUGG